AUGGCAGCCCUCAUCGACCUCAAGAGCAAUUUCAAACAAUUUGCUCUUGAUAUUGACCUUGAUGCUCCAAAAAUCAUAGUUCCUACAAGAUUAAGUUCCUCAUCAGAGAGUACCAGCCUGAUGAUAAAGAACAAUCCUUGUAUACCCAUUUUAAUAUUUUUGGAAGGGAUAUGCAGAAUUAUCCGAUCAAAGAAAGGAAAGACAUUAAAAUAUCCAUGGAGUUAUGGAGAGAAAUCCUUGACCAUCAUUCACAUAGCUAGUGCAAUUUCUAGCGCUCAAAGUUUUGAACUUCUUGAUUUCCCUAAUAUAUCAUCUUCCUCACAAAGUUAUGGAGAGCAAUCCUAG